GCCGUGAACACGAAGGUCCAACAACAAGGUGCACAGACAAUCCAUGGUCGAAGUCAUCAAGCACCGUCAAUGCCGCCGACAUGAACUUGGUCCAUGAUUGCGACGGCAACCGCCAGGUCCAUGCAGCAUCACCGCCAGCAGUGACUCGCACCAGGACACGACAACAUGUCGAGUCGCCUCGAGCCCCUUCUGCAGUGGCGAAUUCAGAGGAGAAGUUGCACGUGCUGAUGGAACUGCCGGGCGGGACAAGGUCCUUGCUCGAGGCAGAUCGCCUGGCAACUGGCAUUGGCAUUCUGCGACACGCGAAUGGUAGCUUCUAUGAUGGCCAGUGGUCUGCCGGGCAAGCAACCGGCUUCGGUCGCUUCACACACGCGGAUGGCUCCACCUAUGAGGGUCAAUGGCGUGGAAGUCAACAGGAUGGAAGCGGCCGGGAGCUGUGGCAAGAUGGCUCCAGCUUUGAAGGACUGUUCAGGCAAGGCAGACGGUAUCGCGGCAAGGUACUUUGGGCAAGCGGCUGGUACGAGGGCGACUUCUCAAAUAAUCAGCUGCAUGGCGAAGGAACUUUGAAUCGACGCGGCAAAGUCUACACCGGAAGCUGGGUCCGUCAUCACAUGGAGGGACACGGGCAGGAGAUCUGGCCAGAUGGGUGCUGCUAUCGCGGCAGCUACCGGAAGGAUCACCGUCACGGGUUUGGAUGUUUCAGGUGGCGCGAUGGACGCCAGUACUGCGGUCAGUGGGCGGAAGGCUGCCAACACGGCAAGGGCCGUGUGCUCAUGCUCAGUGGCCGAGUUCGUGAAG